AUGCCACACUCUACCGGCAAGCCCGAUACCGAAGUUCGGGAUGACGCCGAAUUUGAGAAUGUUAUGCGAUCGCUGAACGGCUACGAGGGUGGACCGGAGUUUGAUUUCCUGUCGCGAGAUCUGGAUGUUGGCGAAAAGGCGGACGAUGCAGUUGAUUAUGAAGAUUUUGACGAUGAUGAACUUCCCGAGGAAGAAGAGGCACCUGCGCAGACGCGUCUUCCGCCUCCCGAUGGCGCUCCGGAUCUAUUCGAAGACCAGACAGUCGAUGAUUCUGCUCUGUUUGGUGCAGACGACGACGAUAUCUUUGGAGGCGCAGAGGAUGGAGGCCAGGGUCAAGAAGAUAACCUUGACGAUCUGUUUGGCGAAGGUCCUGCGUCACCCCCACCUGCUGGCCAGGUUGAUCAUACUGAGGACCUCUUCGAAGAUGAAGAAGAGCCAGCUUCGCAACCCCAGCCGGUUGAUUUGCCGCCUAUUCCACCAGCACCCGAACCGCAGUCUCAGGCGAUGUCAGUUGACGGAGAUGAGUUUGCCGAUGAUGACAGCGUUAUCUCCGAGGAGAUGGACGCAUCGACUAUGCGCGCCUGGAAGCUUCAACAAGCGUUGUUUGCGAUGUCAGGAACCGGUCCGGACCAUCCGCCAGCACCUCCAGAGAACAGCGAAGAGCUUCUCCAUUCCCUCUUUCCUAGUUUUGAUCGCAAUACCCUUCCUCGGUGGCUCGAACUUAUUCCUCACAAGAAAGCAUAUUUCCGUGGAAAGCAACCCCUCAAGGUUCCUAAACCCGUGCUUCCGACCAAGGUCAACAUCGAGUUGGCACCUGAUCAGGAGCGUGUAUUCCGAACCGGUCAGCCCAACAAGCGUGGGCUUGACCAUGAGUCCUUGGGAAUAGUUCUCAUCACUGAAUCCGCCCAAGAAGAAGAAGAAGAAGAAGAUAACAAGGAGGAUAUUGAAAUGGGCGAGGCUGAUGCCGAUGAGAUUCUACCUGGGGGCUUCACAAUCCACGAUCUUCGAAUCAUAUGCGCAGACUGGGAGGUUAAGGAUGAACCCUUGUCCAUUACCAAGCCUGAGAAGCCGAAAGCUCAACCGGAGGCUGAUUUGUUCGAUGAAGAUGAUUGGCUAAUGGAUGCCGACCACCCUUCCAAGAAACGUAAAACGGGGCCAACUCCUGUGGAUGUCAUCGCAUUGGCUCAUCUUGAUAUCCCGAUGCUUGACGAUCCCGAGCAAGCCACCGAACGAAUUGCUAAACGGGUCACUAUUGACAUGAACGAUCCCAACAUUUUGGUCGAGGAGCGACAGCCAGACUCCGUUAUGAACAAGCCAAAACACAACAUUCCGCGCACAAGAGAUGAAAUGGAUUCCAACCUCAACCGCCGCCUUACUCAGCGGUACAACAUUUCCAAUGACCAAGCCUACGAUAUGCUCAAACAGAACCAUCAAAACAAGAUUCGAAGUACUCUUGGAAACGUCACUCUCGAGCAUGCCAUGCCAGCGUUACGACUACAGUGGCCCUACUACAAGACAGAAUUGGGCAAAUCCGAGGCUAGAUCGUUUCAUCGGCCUGCUAUGGUCUUCCGCAAUGGCCAAACAUCCUGGUUCCGGAAUCCCCACCAUUUCAAACGCAAACAACAAAAGGCAAAGGAUGCCAAGACUCUUUAUGGAUCUACGAGCUCCUUAUCUUUAGCAGAUAAUUCAAAUGUCUUGCUAGUAGAAUAUUCCGAAGAAGCCCCCAUGUCGCUCUCCAACUUUGGCAUGUGCAACCGCUUCAUCAACUAUUACCGAAGAAAGCACCAGGAUGACAACAGUCGUCCUAAGGCGGAAAUUGGGGAAACUGCUGUUCUACUUCCUCAGGAUAAGAGUCCUUUCUCCAUUUUCGGCCAUGUCGACCCUGGAGAGAUUGUCCCUGCAAUUUCAAACUCGAUGUACCGAGCACCACUUUAUCCACACACAGCAAAACCCACGGAUUUUCUUGUGGUCCGGAGCACCACUCAAGGCAAGGGCAGCAGUUAUUAUAUGCGUAACAUCGAGAACUUUUUCGUUGCUGGUCAACAAUUCCCCUCCGUCGAUAUCCCUGGCCCACACUCACGUAAGGUCACUACUGUUGCGAAGAAUCGUAUGAAAAUGCUUGUCUACCGUUUGCUUAAAAAGAGUGCGGACGAGCGGUUGGCCAUUAGCGAUGUGACAGCUCACAUCCCUGGCACAACUGAUAUGCAAAAUCGGCAGAAGGUCAAAGAUUUUCUACAGCACGACAAAGACACCAAAUAUUGGAAACCAUUGGAUCCAGUUCUCCCGGACCAAGAUACCAUUAGAGCAUGGGUCCAUCCUGAAGAUGUAUGUCUACUUGAGUCCAUGCAGGUUGGCCAGCAGCACCUUAACGACACCGGUUUCGGCGGCGAGACCGAAAAGGCAAAUGAAAAUGAUGAAGAUGAAGAGUCAGAGAGCUUCGAGCAACAAAUGGCUCCUUGGAAAGCCAGUCGCAACUUCCUUUUAGCCUCACAAGGCAAAGCGAUGCUCACACUCCAUGGUGAAGGUGACCCUACCGGCCGUGGUGAGGGUUUCAGUUUCAUAAAGACAUCCAUGAAGGGCGGUUUCAAAGCUCUUGGCGAGAGUGUGGAAGAUAAAUUAGACGCACAGCGACUUAAAGAGCUUGGUGGCCACAGCUACAACGUUGCGCUUCAACAAAAAUCAUACGAAACCUCAAUCCGCCGAAUUUGGGAUGCCCAGAAAAACAGUCUUUCUUCGACUAUCGAACACUCUGACCAGGAAAGUGAUGUUGAUCAAGGCGAAGAGGAAGAAUUCAAUAAGCCCACGCCUCGUUCCGAGGCACCAACUCCGGCACCGAUGCGAAGAGACGACGACACAAUGAGUCAAUUCAGCAAAAUGAGUUUCUCAGACCAGAAGGGCAAAGUAUUACGCAUUACCCGUCAAUUCAAGGCCUCCAAUGGUGAAAUCGUUCAGAAGGAGCAGCUUGUCUCGGACCCCCGCGUUAUCCGACACUACAUUCAACACCGUCACCGCAAUGAAGCCCAAAACACAAAAUUGGACUCUCUUCAACCAACCGGUGAUCCUGAGGUUGAUGCUCGAAACCGCAAACUUAUUGAGAAUGAACUUAGCCGUCUUAACCGCAAUAAGGAGCGCCGCUUCGCCCGUGAGAAACAAAAAGGAAUCUCUCGUGCAGGUGACUCUCCUGCUGAUGGAAAGCCUACUGGAACCCAGCGCAAGUGUGCAAACUGUGGUCAGGUUGGACACAUUAAGACGAAUAAGAAGCUCUGUCCUUUGCUGAAUGGUACUAUGAAGCCUGAAGACCGCGUCACCGACUCUGCUUUCUCGAUGAGUGCGCCUGUUCUCUAA